CGCGCCGUAUCGCCAGUGGUUGGAAUGGUCGCACAGCGAGACGGAGCGCGAGCACACACAACUUCUUCGCGCGGCGCACAUCAAGCGUGUUUUCUCACGACGGGGCUCUGCGUUCAUCUUGUUCUCGAGACCCCCAGCGUUACUUCGCCGGACCCCCGUCGCUCGGCUCCAACGAACAUCGACUGCAUUUUUUCCUGCCGUUGAAACAUCAGCUGGCAUGAGCCAGCCGUGCAGACAUGGAAACUAAACCUUUCCUAUCUCUGGGGAACUCGCCAACCUCUCGCAGCAGCAGGUGGAAGCCCUCCAGCAGAGAAGAACUCCCAGACUGGAGCACACUUCUCCUGCCCCGUAGCCACUCCAGAGGGUUCCUGAAACCCCAGUGUUCACUACCGCCACCGUCUCAGCAUGGCCGUUCUAUGGAGUCUGAGAGCUCACCGACUGCCUGCUCCUGCUUCACUGGCAUGUGCCCACUUCACCAGCGACGGAUAUCUACAGACUCCUCAAGCCAGCUGUCCCCCUCGUCCCUGGGCUCACCCACAGCACACCCGCUACACCCGUCCCUUCUCAGCCCCACCUCAAUGGGCUCCUCUGGCCAGCUCCACUCACCCAUCUGCACCCUCAACUCGCCCAUAAACGGCCUGGGUUCGCCCUUCUCCGUCAUCAGCUCGCCCAUGGGCCACCACUCCAUGCCUGCGCCCCCGACUUCAGCCAUGGGCUUUGGCCCCAGCAUCAGUCCACAGCUUAACUCCCCAAUGAACCCGGUCAGCAGUUCGGAGGACAUCAAGCCCCCACUGGGUCUGAAUGGGGUGAUGAAGGUUCCAGCACAGCCCUCAGGCACCUCACUCUCACACACUAAACACAUCUGUGCUAUCUGUGGAGACCGCUCCUCGGGGAAGCACUACGGAGUGUACAGCUGUGAAGGUUGCAAGGGCUUCUUCAAGAGGACAGUGAGAAAGGACCUAACCUACACCUGCCGUGACAACAAGGACUGCACCAUUGACAAGCGUCAGCGUAACCGCUGUCAGUACUGCCGCUACCAGAAGUGUCUGGCCAUGGGCAUGAAGAGAGAAGUCUUGUUAAAUACAGCUGUCCAGGAGGAGCGUCAACGAGCGAAAGACCGCAAUGAAAACGAGGUAGAGUCCACCAGCAGUGCCAAUGAGGACAUGCCUGUGGAGAAGAUACUAGAGGCUGAACUCGCUGUAGAGCCCAAGACAGAAACCUACAUUGAGGGCAACUUGAGUGUGCCCUCCAACUCGCCCAACGACCCUGUCACCAACAUCUGCCAAGCCGCAGACAAGCAGCUGUUCACCCUGGUCGAAUGGGCCAAAAGGAUCCCGCACUUCUCCGAGUUGCCCCUUGACGAUCAGGUUAUUCUCCUUCGAGCAGGCUGGAAUGAACUUCUCAUCGCGUCAUUCUCACACCGCUCAAUAGCAGUGAAGGAUGGCAUCUUGUUGGCCACUGGCCUUCACGUCCAUCGCAACAGUGCCCACAGCGCGGGAGUCGGCGCCAUCUUUGACAGAGUUUUGACGGAGUUGGUGUCCAAGAUGAGAGACAUGCAGAUGGACAAGACGGAACUCGGCUGCCUUCGUGCCAUUGUCCUCUUCAAUCCAGACUCUAAAGGUCUAUCGAACCCCGGAGAGGUAGAAGCACUGAGGGAGAAGGUAUACGCUUCACUAGAGGCCUACUGCAAACACAAGUAUCCAGACCAGCCUGGAAGGUUUGCCAAACUUCUGCUGCGGCUUCCUGCCCUGCGCUCCAUUGGCCUGAAAUGUCUGGAACACCUUUUCUUCUUCAAGCUGAUCGGUGACACGCCCAUCGACACCUUUCUCAUGGAGAUGCUGGAAGCGCCACACCAAAUGACUUAAGGUGGUACCGGCCGCAUUCUCCCCCAGCCCUCGUUCGCAUAGGUGUAAAGGCGGACUGUUUCACGAUAUCAUCUGAAAAAGACACGCUGGAUCUCUCUUAUCAUUUUUCAUGUGUUUCAAAGGAGUUCGUUAUGUCUUUGGGUCUGUUUUUUACAUUGUAUAAAUAAAUAGAUAUAUAAUUGUAUAGCUCUUGGAAAAUAAAACGAGAACAAGGGAUUAAAAUAUGGCCGACAGAGGAAGCAAAUUAGAAUGUUUUAGGCCCUUUUUUACAGAGUAAAAAAGAUGAUACGGAAUAGAGCAGCUAUAUUGCCUAGGUAUAUUUGGAAAUAUAUGCAGUGAUCCCAAGUUCAGCAUAGGAUGUUAAGUAUUUGGACAAUCGUGUUAUUUACAGGGAGUGUACAGGUGAGGGCGUCUCUGGCUCGGACUGGUGUGUCUCACCUGUCCAUCACACUGAGUGUUUCUGCAGGGUUUCAGUUGCUUAAUCCCUUGCUGCCCACUAGCUGGCGUCGGGCGCGGAGUCCGGUUGCAGACCUCCGGGACGGACCCUGAAGCUUAAUUGUGCCGCUGACGAGCCCAGCCUCAGGGAGGCGUACCGUCCCGACUGCCCGUUGGUCGCGGGAUUUUUGACAUUCAGACAUGCACUUUCUCUGCCCUUUAAUCAUGAGCUCCUUCCCACAUGUGUUUGGGAGCAGAUUCAUUUCCUUUCGCUCCGCAAACCCGGAACUCCACGGUACCUCAAUAGACUCUCAUGCUGUGACCUCUAACCUCUGUACUCCUCCGUCUGUCUGUGGUGUUCGCUGCGUCCACACAGCGCAGUGUGUCGCACACGGAAGCCUUGCUACACUGUAACUUGUUACAAGUUACAUCAUGACCAUAAACAGUAUUGACGGUAUAUUUAACUGGAUACCUUCUUGCCAAUCGAGAGUUGCGUUUACAGUCGGCAUCAGUCAGAAGUUUGGGUGCACCUGGGCAAGACCUGUGCGGGAUGAACUGGACAGAAGAGCGAAGGCCAGGCCACGCACCAGUGUCCUGAGCCUCUGGAAACUGCCGCGGGAGAGCUGGGAAGACACGUCGCUUGCUUUCCUGCUGAAACUUAGCGACCAAACGCCUCAAGGAAGAAACCGGUUUCCGGCUGGCGCGCUCAAACUUUUGACUGAUGCAGUACGUAGCUUCUGUCGGGGUAGGUAGCGGCCGAAGCGAUGGCUUGUGGAAGUUCUGCUCCUAGGAAGGAAAGCAGGAUGUUUGCGGUGCUCAGCCCCCAACGCCGGGGUUAGGACAGAGCGGGUCGCUCUGGUGUUCGCUGUCGGCAUCGCGUGAGGUCAGGGUGCGAGAGAGGCCCGCGGCUCUCGGCUCUCGGCUCAGGGCGGCGAAGCGCGGGCGCCUCCCCCGGCAACCCACAAACCGUUUCAGAAGAGGCGGCGAGGUGACUGGUCUUUACGGAUACAUGCUGUUGCUUAAUGUUUACAUCCCUCACCUGGUUUAUUCGCUUUCCGUGCUGCUGCGGCAAAACUAUGCAUCUAGCAUUUCCAAAGAUUGUCCAUGGUGUGGUGCGUGUCUGAGUAAAGCGUGCCGCGGAUCGCUCGGCUGUGAAACGUGCGGGAGUCUGACCGGACUCAGGGAAACUUCGGGCGAAGGAGAGCUGUCACUGCCCUCUGCUGGCGCAGACACGCGUGAAGUCCGGGCGAAACGUCGCGCGACUUCACGCUCACUGGUGUUCGGAUAUAGUGUCUUAGGCAAAUCAAACUAUUUUACCUCAGGUACUUGCUACAAUAAGAGUUUCUAAAAUAGUUUGCAAGAAGAAUUCACAGAAGUAUGUUUUAAAGAAAAAAAAAAGUGUCAAUAUUUUUAUCCCUCUGACUGAUACAUUUAAAAAGUACUAAUAUUUGUUUUCGAAUAUUAUUUUAACUCAGUUAAAAUGAGCAAUAUCGGAAGGUGGAUUUGCCAAAAUUGACAGUGAUACAAACUGAAAUUUUCUAAAACAGAAGAAAGUGAAGAAAAUAUGCAAUUUUUUUUGGAAAAAUGUUUGCAUCUUUGAAAAUUCAUGACUCGGCCAUUUGUAACUUGAGGAAACAGCGUAACGUCCCUGGAGCGUUUACGUUCGUUGGUAGCGUUCGUAUCUGAACAGAUCCAGUAUGUAAUUGUCCUUUUUUUACACUAGUAGACCGCAAGAGAGAACCAUUUUACGUCCCAAAAAUACCGCAUAUAUUUGUUUUGACCUGUUCCUUAGACGCGAAUGCGGUUUUUCGUCCGACGUCGGCUCGAGUUGAAAUCCCAGAAUCACGCAACGAAGUUACUCCCUUAGAACAACGUCUGUCCACAAUAACAGAGAUGUUUGAUUUAAAGCUGGCCAGUGAAUUUAAGCCAUAUGCAUACAAGGUCUCACUGGUAAAAAAAAAAUAAAAUAGGAAACGGACUUGAAAAUCUUCUGAAGGGGUCAUCAAAAUGAAAAGAUAAAUAAAAAGAUAACUCAUAAAUAUAUGCUUUAUAUGUGCAUAAAGCUAUUUUGUCUAUAUGUAUAAUUAUGUAUAUUUAUAUAAAAAAAAACGUGUCUGUUAAGUGUAACUGGCAUCUUGUAACAAGGGGGAGAGGAUGGCAGCGUUCGUUGUAAUGUAGUGCACAGAGUCGUUGGGCGCUCUGUUCUCUUUCUGUUCGUUUGUGGCCGUCGUGUUUAGCCGUUAUCGCUGAUUGUUUCGUGUUUAUUCUCUGCUGCAAAAUAAAACCAGCAAACGUUCUGCCUGCAGGUCCGAACUCCAAGAAUCCAUAGCACACCAGCUUAUGAGAGUUUUUUUUUUUUUUUUUUUUUUUUUUUUAGCCUUAUUUCCCCCCAGUUUAACUCGGUGUCACGUUCAGAGGUCGUGUAAAGCAACCCCAGACUGGAGCGCGUUCGCACCGGCCGUACGCCCCCCUCUCGGCCCUUUUGUUGUCUUUAUCUCAAGAGCGCGUCACGUGUCGCGAGGGAUUCACUUUCAACUAACAACCUGCAGGCACGUGUCGGGCGUGUAGGAGGCGCCCAUGAAGUGGUUUCACCCCGACUGACUGACACGCCACCUUCCCAGUGGCUAAUGGAAGCCAGUUUAAUUCCACCUCUGCACAGCUCCUGGGCUAAAUUCCAUUUGCGAUGCAAAAUAGUUUUCUCCCCGCUUCGUGUACUUGAGCGUGUCGUUCACAUGCCGCUUCUGUACGGGGGAACGAGCUUAGUGCGGCAUCAACCCCUUUGACAUCUUUGCGUAUCCAUGGAGAUGAUAACGCACAGUUAUACUGAUUCAUUUGGCAGACCCUUCUCUCCAAAGCGACUUCCAAUGAACACUAUGUAGUGUUAUCAGCCCACACACCUUAUUCACC